AUGACAUCUUCCCAGACUACCUACCCUGGAAUGCGUAGCACCAUUCCGAAUCCUUACCCACCAGCAAGUUCAACAGCUCUUCAUCCUCAACAACCUCUGGGUUUUUUAAAUGUAAGAAACCAAGUACAGACUGGGCAAGUUUCCUUCAUUACAGCUCCAGGAAUCUUCCCUAACAAUCAGCCGGGUCAAAAUGUGCCAACGGUAAAUCCAGCUCCAGGAGCAGCAACAAGCAACUUUAAAGAUGCAGCAAUAGCACUUGGGGGAGUCCAAAUCACAAUUGGAUUGAUGCACAUUGGCUUUGGAAUUGUUCUUGGGUUGCUGAGCACCUCUUACACUAUGAAGUGGGCAUUUACCUCUACUGCUUUCAUUGGUGGCUAUCCAUUCUGGGGUGGAGUCUCUUUCAUUGCUUCUGGCGCACUCUCCGUAUCAGCAUUCAAGGAGUUCUCUCACUGUCUGGUGAAGAGUACCCUGAUAAUAAACAUUUUUAGUGCCAUCUUUGCCUUUGUUGGAGUGAUUCUGUUUCUGUGUGAUCUGAACAUCAAUGGCUACUAUUAUCAAGACUACUGGAUGGUGCUUUCUGGGAGAGGAAUUGCAGGUGUGCUGGCAAUAUUUUCCUUGUUGGAAUUCGGCAUAGCAUGGGCCAUGGCCUACUUUGCAUACGAAACUCUCUUCCAUGGCAUCAGAUCUGCCCUGGUUGCUCCAGCUGUGUAUGCAGCCAACCACUUGAUGCAAGAGCCUUCCCCAGCAUCUCCUAUAUAUGACAACAUUCCAGAUUAUACUCCUAGGCAAUAACAGGCAUAAAGAAUCACUGGUACAAUUUCAUGUAGGAAAAUCUUCUCUGAAAAAAAUUCUUACAAAGUUGUUAUUUUGCUGCCCACCAUGCAAAUCUAUUUAGUGCCUGUAUUUGGAAUUUGUUCCUAGACUCAUGGCUAACAGUCACUGGGUUU